AAAGGAUAACUAGUUUUAUGUACGGUUCUUGACAUGCUCCCCUUUACAGUAGCCUAAGGAAGGUUCAGACGUCUCACAUGAGCUCGACGGGCUUCUCCUGAUGCUUACGGGUGUACAAUGUUGUCCCAGAGGGACAACUGUACCAUCAGCUGCAAUUUGUAGCUCACACUAUGCAGCAGUUCAAGUGCUUGCCGAACCCCUUGGCGUUGCUUACUCCAGAGCGACACGGAGUUGAGACGUUCGCUUAUGCAUGGAUGAAUAUACGUACAUAAGAACUGUUGGUGAGGGGGCAUAUGGCGAUGUCUGGCUUACACAGCGGCGUGGAGGAGCCUAUUGCGCUGUCAAGGUUUUUAAGCAGGCACACGAGGACCCUGAGAUCAAAGCUCUGGCGAAGCGGGAGGCUCACAUCCUGCAGACCAUCUCCCACGUCAACUGCGUGAAGCUGCUGGACGCCUUCAAGUCCAAGAGCGGCCGAGUGUACCUGGUGUUUGAAUUCGUGGACAAGAGCAUCUUUGGGGAGUUGGACCGCAACCCGCACGGGCUGCCGGGGAGUACGACAAAGCUCGUGACGUGGCAGCUGCUGCAUGCGGUCGCAUACCUGCAUGACAGGAAGAUCGUGCACCGGGACAUCAAGCCCGCCAACAUUCUGCUCACCUCGGAGGGGGUGGUGAAGCUCUGCGACUUUGGCUUCGCGCGCACCACCCGCUGCGCCCCUCGGGAGCAGCAGCCGCUCAGCACCUACUGCAUCACUCGAUGGUACCGACCGCCGGAGCUGCUGGUCAGCGACUGCUACGGACCCAGCGCUGAUGUGUGGAGUGUGGGGUGCACCAUUGCGGAGGUGGCCACCGGGCGCCCGCUCUUCCCAGGCAAGUCCACCGCCGACCAGCUCUGGCGCAUCAUGCGCUGUCUGGGCCCCAUCGCCCCCCAGCACCUGAUCCGCAUGGCCGCGGACGAGCGCCUGCGGGGGGUGGCGGUGCCGCCCCUGCACCGCACCCUGCGCCAGCGCCUGCCCGAACUGGAGCCGCGGCUGCUGCAGCUAGUGGAGGCCUGCCUGCAGCCCAACCCGCUGCUGCGACCCACGGCGGCGGAGCUGCUGCAGAUGCCGUACUUUUGGGACGUACCGCAGCUGGUGGCGGGUACGACACUGGCGGGGCUGUAUCCGCCGGCGGAGAGGAAGAGGCGGGAGGGCGGCAAGGUUGUGGCGGCGGCGGGAGCAGCGGGAGUGGGAGUGGGGACAGGUAGUGGGGUCCUGCCUGCGUGGGGGAGCACAGCGCAGCAGUGGCAUGCGGGGGGCAGCUGCUGUGCGCCGGUGGGGGUGGCGGUCACGGUGGCGGCGAGCAGGGUGGCGGCGAGUACGAGUAGCAUGGCGUCGGGAGGAGGAGGACUAGGACAGAAGGUUGGGGUGGCGUCGCUGCAAAAGCAGCCAUCGCAGCAGCAGCGGAUUCCGGCUGGAACAGGUGCUGCGACAGCUGCGACUGCCGGUGCUGCUACUGCGGUUCCGGAGGUUUCAGGUGCACCAGUUGCCCUCGGAGGCAGCAACAUUACCGGUACCGCCGCACAAGCUCCUCCUGCUCCCUCUGCCGGGCUGAACCCGCAGGCCUCACCGGCACAGGGGGCGGCGCCGGCUGUGAGGCCGCUGGAUGGCCCUCAGCCUGUGCCGGUGGAGGCGGGGGCAGCAGCAGUGGGUCUGGCGCCCGCUUCCACACCGACGUCGGUGGUGGCGGUGGCAGGCUCGGCACCCCCCUCACUACCAUCAGCUGCCUUGGACAGGAAGCAGCGGACGCAGCAGCCUGAGGUGCUUGAGCCGGGUGCAGGGGCACCUGACGGGGUAGGUGAUGCGGUGGAGGUGGCGGUGCCGCCAGCAGCCCUGCCGCAGGAGCUGCAGCUGCCCGCCGGGGCCCCCGCGGCAGCAGCGGACCCAUCCGCCACCCCCGGGCUACUGUACGUUGCAUACCAGGAGCAGCCGCAGCAGCCGCCGCAGCAACAGCAGCAGUCCCUGCCCGCUACCCGGGCUCCUCUCGGGGCCCCUGCCAGUGCGGAGGCAGUACCCAGGGAGUCAGAAGGCCAGAAGCCGCCGGCGGCGGUGGCUGCGGCUCCCCGGGCGGCAGGGGUGGCCGCUGAGGAGGACUGUCCUGGCGACGAGGCGUACGAUGGGCUUUCAGAGCUGCGAGGGGUGGGUGGUCGGCAAGGCCGACGUGGCAGCAGCGUCGCUCGGGCGCUGCGCCACCCGCCUCUGCUGUACCCUACAGUGGACGCGGCGGGCUCGGAGUCCUCAUCCACCAGGAGUGCCUCCCUGCCGGUCAUACCAGCAGUAGCAUUGGCAGGGCCGGAGGCGGGGCCGGCGGGUGUGAAGGAGGUCUGGUGCUCCGCACAGCGCCCGAGGGAGGAGAGCCCCUCGCCUGCAGGCGGCAACGACGGCAGCAUGGGCGGCGGCCUGGGUUCGGGAUGCAACAGCGACACCCGGCUCAUGCGGCUGCCCCGGGAGCGGGUGCAGCAGGGCCUCCGGGCGGCAGGAGGGUCGCGACAGCGGGUUGCCCGCACGUGGGGGGCGCGGGCGGCGCUGGGUGCUGCUGCUGCAGCGGCGGCAGCUGCGGCGGCUGCAAACACAUCGUCUGUCAACAGCCCCUCACGUCUUCGUGCGGCAAGCGCUGGGUCUGGGUUUGUUCCCCCCGCCGGCAGCAGCAGCACCCACCCAUGCAGCCCAGGCUCGGUCCUCGGCGGGGGUGCUGCGGUUGCCGGCCUCCCAGCUGACUCCAGCGCGCCAGCAGAGAGCGGCAUCAGCUGCGCCGCCGCGCCCUCAUACACCGAGUCCUCCUCAGGCGCAGCUGCCGCCACCUCCGCCAACACACCCCUCACCGGCACCCCCAGCGGCGACAGCGCCUCCCUCCUCAGCCCGCAGCUCGACACCAUGCCGCUGUGCCUGCUCCACACGCCCCUGCUGCCGCAUGGCGCGUCCCUGCACGCCGGCGGCCUGCAUGCACCUCACCGCCGGCCCCCACCUCCCUCCACACCCUGGGUCCCCCCAGCCGCAUCCGACAGCGACAGCCUCUUCCCCAUCCCCGGACUUCCCCGCGGCCCCUCGGGCGCCUCGUUGACCCGCUCCCCCGCUUGCGGCUAUACAGGCGACCUCACCCCGGAGGGGCACUCCUCGCAUGCCCACACCGCUCCAGGCCAGGUGUCACCGGUCCGAGAGGCGGAUGCGGGCAGUGCUGCAGCGGCCUCCUCGCGCACCCCCAGCAGCUGCGCGACUUGGGGCAGCGGUUUCCUGGUGGGCCGGCUGGGGCGCGGCGUGAGCGACACGCAGCAGGGAGGGGCGCUGCCGGGUAUUGUGAUUGGCAGCGGCAGCGGUGGCGGGGGAGCUACUGGCGACAGCAGCAGGGAGGGGUUCAUGGUGGGGCAGAUGGGCGUUGGCGGGGGCGCUGCGCGCUUGCUGCCCGCUCGGGGCCAGCAGGCUCCCAGGAGCCGGCUGGGCAGCGGGGUGUGGGAUGCCUCCGGGCACAGCGGCUCGUUGCAUGGGCCGGGAGGGGCGGCGGCGGUUGGGAUGAACGCAACGGCGGCUGCUGCGGCGGCCGCGGUUGCAGCUGUACAGGGCAUGCGGGGACCGCUGCCCCCGGGUGUGAUGGCCUCCUCCUCCGCUGCUGCCGCCUCCGGCGCGCGCUGCUGCGACCCGCUAUCGGUGAUGCUGGCGGCGGGGGUGCAGCUGUCGCCGCUGGAGGGGCUCACCGCCACCUCGGCGGGUCUGCCGCGCCAGCUGAGCCCACCGCAGGAGUACCUGGAUGCGCCGGAGGGCGGGGCAGGGGAGGAGGGGGCAGCGGAGGCGGAGGAGGCGGGACUGGCGGGGGUGGCCGCCGGCAGCGACAGGAGGAGUGGCUGCAAGGCGCGUGCCUCGUGCGGGUUCGCGGCGGACUUGACUGCCAAUGUGGCGGCGGCUGGGAGCCCGGGUACCAGCGGUGGUGGUCGGGAGAAGGCUGCGCCGCCGCUUGGGCCGCCGUCGGUUGAGGAGGGAGGAGGUGCCGGCGGCGGUGGUGGCGCUGCGAAAUUGAAGAAGAAAGGGAGGAGCCUGAAGAGAAUUUGGAAGGCUGUGGUGAGGGCGUUGAAGCCAUCUUCUCAGGAAGGAAUGGCGUAGGAUUGCUGGGUUUGAUGGAGAACUGCUUGUAUCCGUCUACGAAAUGGUGUGGUUUGGGGGAUUCUUUUGAGCUUUACACGCAAGGAUUGGUUGUACGGUAUACCUUAUGACAGCGAUUUACGGAUGCCGAAGGAUCGCUUGUGUUUGCCCUUUUGACCCUAUGCCUUUUACACAACGAUGAAUAUGAUUUAUGGUAGUUGGGCCGCAACCUGUGACGGUCCUAGCUUGUUUUUGGUGUGGAGGAAUGCCGGGCGUGCUUCGACUGGAGAGAAGGGUGAUCCCCCUGGGUUGUUCGCAACGCAGUGCUCGUUUUGCUUGCUUUGUUCGAAACGAAGUAGUUGAGCAAGUUGUUGUUUUACUUGUUGUCUGCGGCGGUGCGAGUGGGAGAAUUUCUGGGCAUGUGGGAAUUGUGCGAAGAGAUAUACAGUACCGUUUCGAAGAUCCGGAAGAGAAAUGAGAGAAAUUGGGGGGAGGGGGUUUACAAUUGACGGAGGACGUUGCGCGGCUGCAAGGAGGCUACGUUUGCGAGGGUUGCAAUGUGAGGAAACAGGUUGUGGGGUAUUUCUGUUGCGAGUUGUUGACAACAGUUGGAGCGUCCUUUCUUCAUCUCGCCUACAGCGCUGCAGCAAUGCAGGUUCUUCACGCUGGCGAUCAUACGGUAUCCACAUUCUGCAAGCUGCUCCUCUUGCCAAUAAAUUGAUCAUCCUAUGUCUGCAGCUUUGCCUGCAGGGGUAUUUUAUCUGACACAAAUCGAGGCGUUUUAUAGCUGCUUCUCAUGCCCUGUGCGUGUUUCCUCCUGCGAUCCAAGGACUGCUCACAGAUCGGUCCUUUUGCGUGCGUGCGCUUGUUCCGGACGGUUACGUAACGGUUUUGCCCACUUGGUUGGUUUGGGGCGCGACGUAUGAGUGGGGCGCCUGGCAAGUGAUGGGCGGGCGGGUGGGUGGGUGGUGCAAGACGCUACAAACAUCGCAAAACCAUUCCGCCCAUCCGUAUCGUUCGUACAUACAUAUGAGCGAAGGCGAGCUUCGUGUUUGUGAUUGUGUACGCCCAACUGCUUAUGCAAAAUUUCACUCGGCAAUCAUUCGGUCUGGGGUGUAUUUCUCUGUUCCCAGACAGGCUUAUUUGGCGUCUGCACGACACCCCUUUGCCGUUUGGUGCCAUUGUAGCUUCUCCAGUAGCUGAUAACACUAUCUGAACAUAACAACACCUAGUGAUCAUUAUUGUGGACAGUAGUUGCAAAUAAGGCUCUGGAAGGUGGGUGUAGCUCUGGUCUGUGCUGGGUGGUUGGUACGACAAUCGUCUCGCGAGCAGGCAUGCAAUGGGUGAAAGCCUCUUGGAACUUUAUACAAGUUGGGAGAGCAGAGAGCGAGUUAAUGGAGAGUCAUGGGUGAUGGUUUUGAUGAGCUGAGCAUACUCAGAUGUAUACCAAUGAGUAAUGUAAGACCUGCAGCGCUG